AUGAAGCGGAUGGGUUCAUCAAACGUUCUCAUUGUCGGUCUAAGAGGUCUCGGUGUUGAGAUAGGAACCAAUAUAAUAGCUAAGAAUAUUGCCCUGGCUGGCGUUAAAUCACUGACCCUAUUCGACCCCGCACCUGCCGCCAUCUCUGACCUCUCCUCGCAAUUCUUCCUUACGCCAGAGGAUGUUGGCAAACCUCGAGCUGAAGUUACGGCUCCCCGUGUUGCAGAGCUCAACGCUUAUACUCCAGUUUCUGUUCUCCCUGGACAGAGCCUUACUGAGGACCUUGAGAAGUUAAAGGGAUUCCAGAUCGUGGUUCUUACCAGCACAACUCUCAAAGAUCAAAAACUAAUUGCCGAAUUCUGCCAUGAGAACGGGAUAUAUGUGGUUAUUGCCGAUACAUUUGGCCUAUUCGGUUAUAUCUUCACCGACUUCGGCAAGAACUUCACAGUCGGAGAUGCUACAGGCGAGAAUCCAUUGACUGGAAUUGUUGCCGGAAUCAACGAGGAAGGGCUGGUCUCUGCUCUUGAUGAUACCAGACACGGAUUUGAAGAUGGAGAUUAUGUCACCUUCACUGAAGUUCGUGGAAUGGAAGCCCUCAAUAACUCCGAGCCUAGGAAGGUUACAGUUAAGGGACCAUUUACCUUCUCCAUUGGAGACGUGAGCGGACUCGGAACUUACCAAAGUGGCGGCCGUUAUACUCAGGUCAAGAUGCCUAAGUUCAUUGACUUCCAACCGUUCAGUGAACAACUUAAGAAGCCGGAACUUGUCAUCUCUGACUUUGCCAAAUUCGACCGACCAGCACAGAUCCAUCUUGGUGUCCAGGCGCUACACCUGUUCGCCGAAACUCACAAGAAUCAACUUCCCCGACCUCAUCAUGAAGGAGAUGCAAAGGAGGUCAUUGCUCUUGUCCAGAAGUUUGCUGGCGAAGGCGAGGAGAAGGUUGAGAUUGACGAGAAGCUUAUUCGUGAAUUGAGUUACCAGGCUCGGGGAGACCUGUCCCCCAUGGCUGCUUUCUUCGGUGGACUGGCCGCUCAGGAGGUCUUGAAAGCUGUCUCCGGCAAGUUCAACCCAAUUGUCCAGUGGAUGUACUUUGACUCCCUGGAGUCACUUCCAACCACAAUCAAGAGAUCAGAGGAACUUUGUGCUCCAAGAAACUCAAGAUACGACGGUCAAAUCGCUGUUUUCGGCCAGGAAUUCCAAGAUAAGCUGGCAAACAUCAACGAGUUCCUUGUUGGAGCUGGUGCAAUCGGUUGCGAGAUGCUCAAGAACUGGGCCAUGAUCGGUCUCAGCACGGGUCCUGGGGGUCAGAUCACCGUCACGGAUAUGGACCAAAUUGAAAAGAGUAACCUUAACCGACAAUUCCUCUUCCGUACUACUGAUGUCGGAAAGCUGAAGAGCGAUUGUGCUGCCGCCGCUGUUCAGGCAAUGAAUCCUGACCUCAAGGGAAAGAUUACCGCCUUGAAAGAACGAGUUGGCGCCGACUCCGAGCAUAUUUUCAACGAAGACUUCUGGGCCAAGCUUGACGGAGUUACUAACGCCCUUGACAAUGUUGACGCCCGUACAUACGUUGACAGACGCUGUGUGUUCUUCCGAAAGCCCUUGCUUGAGAGCGGUACCCUCGGAACCAAGGGAAACACUCAGGUUAUCAUUCCACGACUCACCGAGUCAUACUCCAGCUCCCACGACCCACCGGAGAAGUCCUUCCCAAUGUGCACCUUGAGAAGUUUCCCCAACCAGAUUCAGCAUACUAUCGCUUGGGCGAGAGAUAUCUUCGAGUCUCUAUUUGCUGGACCUCCCGAGGUUGUAAACCAAUAUCUUACACAGCCAGGCUACAUUGAGCGUACCUUGAAGCAGGGUGGAUCUGAGAAGCAGACCUUGGAGAACCUCCGCGAUUUCCUGGUUACCGAGAAACCACUUAGUUUCGAUGACUGUAUUGUCUGGGCCAGACACCAGUUCGAGAAGUACUACAACAACGCCAUUCAACAGCUCCUAUUUAACUUCCCUCGAGACUCGGUCACUGCUAGCGGUGCUCCUUUCUGGUCUGGACCAAAGCGCGCGCCAACCCCAUUGAAGUUUGACUCCAAGAAUGAUACCCACCUUGCAUAUAUCAUUGCUGCCGCCAAUCUUCAUGCUUUCAACUACAACAUUAAGAACCCUGGUGUUGAUAAGGAUCAUUACCGCAAGGUGACUGAUGAUAUGAUCAUUCCAGAAUUCACUCCCUCAUCUGGUGUUAAGAUUCAGGCCGAUGAUAAUGAAGAGCCGGAGGCACAGCCAACUUCGUUUGAUGACAAUGAAGAAAUCAACAAGCUCGUCAGCUCUCUUCCCGACCCCAAGACCCUUGCCGGAUUUAAACUUGAGCCGGUUGAGUUUGAAAAGGACGACGACACAAACCACCAUAUCGACUUCAUCACUGCUGCCAGCAACCUGCGUGCAGAAAACUAUGAGAUUGAACCUGCCGACAGGCACAACACCAAGUUCAUCGCUGGAAAGAUUAUUCCAGCUAUUGCUACCACCACUGCCCUGGUGACUGGAUUGGUGAUCCUCGAGCUUUACAAGGUCAUUGACAACAACCAGGAUAUCGAGAGAUACAAGAACGGUUUCAUCAACCUUGCGCUUCCCUUCUUCGGCUUCAGUGAGCCGAUUGCCAGUCCCAAGACCAAGUACAACGGUCCAAACGGUGAAGUUGUCUUGGACAAGCUGUGGGACCGCUUCGAGAUUGAAGAUGUCACUCUCCAGGAGUUCCUGGACCACUUCAAGAAGCAGGGUCUAGAGAUUGUUAUGGUCAGCUCUGGCGUCAGCCUGCUAUAUGCCAGUUUCUACCCACCUGCAAAGGUCAAGGAUCGUCUACCCAUGAAGAUGAGCAAGCUGAUUGCAGAGAUCAGCCGCAAGCCGAUCCCUGACCACCAGAAGAGCGUGAUUAUUGAAAUACACCCCGAGACUCCCGAUGGCGAGGAAGUCGAAGCUCCCUAUGUCAUGCUCAAGCUUGACAAGUAG